CAGACCUCAACACCUCCGCGGCCUUUCCAUCAUCAUGGGCCGAUGAGUUCGAUGAAUUCUCCUUUCCACAUGAUUUAGAUCUUUCGAACUCUUUGUUUUACUUUUAAAGAUGGGUAAAUUGAAUGUAACUAUGCUGCGAUACCUCUCUUCUGAGGAAUUCAGAGUUCUUACGGCGGUUGAAAUGGGUAUGAAGAACCAUGAAUUGGUACCGACCCCUCUUGUAGCUUCUAUUGCAGACCUCAAACAUGGAGGCUCCCACAAAAUCCUACGUGAACUCACCAAACAUAAGUUGGUGUGUUAUGAAAAGUCUGGCCGUGUUGAAGGCUACAGACUUACAUUCAGUGGAUAUGACUUCCUUGCUCUGAAGGCUUUAACAACUAGAGGGAGCGUCCAGUCAGUUGGGAAUCAAAUUGGUGUUGGAAAGGAGUCGGAUAUUUUCAUUAUUGCUGAUGAAGAAGAAAACCAGCAUGCUCUCAAAUUACACAGACUUGGACGAACCUCUUUCCGCAAGCUCAAGCAGAAGCGAGACUACUUGAAACAUCGUAAAAAUGUCUCGUGGUUAUAUCUGUCACGUUUAGCUGCAGUCAAAGAAUAUGCAUACAUGAAGGCUCUUUAUGACAAUGGAUAUCCAGUUCCAAGGCCAAUUGAUUUUAAUCGUCAUGCUGUAAUUAUGGAACUUGUUGAUGGACACCCACUGUGUCAAGUUCAUGAUGUUUCUGAUCCAUCGGAGUUAUACAGCGACUUGAUGGAGUUAAUUGUGCGACUUGGAAGCUUUGGUCUCAUCCAUUGUGAUUUUAAUGAAUUCAACAUAAUCAUCAACGACAGAGAACAAGUGACCGUAAUUGAUUUUCCUCAGAUGGUUUCAAUAUCUCAUCCAAAUGCACGGUGGUAUUUUGACCGAGAUGUACAGUGCAUCAGAGACUUCUUUUUUCGAAGGUUUUCUUAUUCAAGUGAACUCUAUCCUCGAUUUGCCGAUGUAAAACGACUCCAUAACUUGGAUGUUGAAGUGGAAGCCAGUGGCUUUACGAGAGACAUGUCUGAUUCAUUUGAUGAGGCUACAGAUGAAUUCAAAGCUUGUGAGGCUGGCAGCGCUAGGGAAGCGGCUUAUGGAGAUAAAACUACAUCUGACGAACAAAGCGAAAGUGAAGAUGGUGACACAGCAACACAAAGCUCUGGAGAUAACCCAGUGGAAACUCCAGGACCUGAACGUGACCUCUCAAACGAGCAAGACUCGAGAAUGGGCGAAGAAAUCCCAGGGCAGGAACAGAGCGAGGACUGGGAUUUAAAAGAGUUGAGUAAUCAAAACAAACUUUAUCGGCCUUACCGUGAUCUAAAGAGUCACGUGAUGGGCAACAGCCCGGAUGGUGAUGCCAGCAACCAAUCAAAACCUUUGACUGCGUCAUCAAUCGACUCCAAAGAAAUAAGAACUAGAGUAAAAAAGAGUUUAGAGAAGAAACAGAGAGAGAUACGGAGGAGAAAGCGAGGUGAAUCUUCAGCGGUUACUCGAUCAAGGAGGGAAAAUAGAGAAGCUGUCAAUCAUGGAGCACAAGCGUGGAAUGACGGCUGGUGAGCAUGGUAACAAGGAAAAGGCGAUAGAGUCUACUGAGGAGGAGUUAAGUGAAGGACGUGGGCUAUUAACUCGCUUUCUUUAAUUUAAACCCUGCUACAUAAACUUUGAUUGCUAAAUGUUCGGAAUUUAUUAAAUAUUUCAAGCAGGCUUCAUAGGUCAAUAUUUACAUCAAACAAAACAUCCACUGUUUAAAUAGUUUUCAAAAUCAAACUUUAACCAGUAAAAUCAAUAUUCUUAGUCUUGAGAUCGUACAAAUCAAAAUAUAUUAACUCUGAAAAAUUA